CAACAAGAGCACUGAAAGCAAGAUUGUUUCAUUGUGAUCGGGCAGUUCACCGAAAGAGAGUAAGAUGGCCAGAUUAGUACAACCUCCUCCGAAAUACACUCCAGAAGAAUGGCAUACCUCAAACCAUCUACAGUAUUUUAAUGCUGAACACGAGCGAGCAGCAGCUGAAAGGCUUCGAGAUGAAAGCUUUCGGCUUGCCCAUGAAACAGAAGUACGAACAAGACAGACCCAACUAGACGUAAACAAGAAGCUUGAACAACGAAUCACAGAUAUAAAUUUCUGGAAAUCGGAGUUGGAUCAAAAGCAGGAGGAAACAGAAGAUGAAAUCUCGACUAUGCUUCGGUUUAAGGCAAGACUAGAGCGAGCUUUAGCCGACACAGAAUUGCCGCUAAUGAUCGCCCAACAAUGUCUUGCGAACCGGGAAAGGAGAAUAAAGGUGGAUCUUGUCCACGACAAUGUAGAAAUGCAGCUCUUAAAGGUACUACCGCUUGUCUUUUUGUUCUGCUAAUAGUCUCCGUUUCUUCACUGAAAAUACUGGAGAUUUUUUAAUCAAGAAUUUCCCAAUAAUUUCUUUUCUCUUGACCAUUUUACAUAGGAANAAAUCGGAGUUGGAUCAAAAGCAGGAGGAAACAGAAGAUGAAAUCUCGACUAUGCUUCGGUUUAAGGCAAGACUAGAGCGAGCUUUAGCCGACACAGAAUUGCCGCUAAUGAUCGCCCAACAAUGUCUUGCGAACCGGGAAAGGAGAAUAAAGGUGGAUCUUGUCCACGACAAUGUAGAAAUGCAGCUCUUAAAGGUACUACCGCUUGUCUUUUUGUUCUGCUAAUAGUCUCCGUUUCUUCACUGAAAAUACUGGAGAUUUUUUAAUCAAGAAUUUCCCAAUAAUUUCUUUUCUCUUGACCAUUUUACAUAGGAAGUAGAAGUCAUUGAAGGCGUCCAAGCUUUAUUGCAGAGGACUCUCGAACAAGCCACAGAGCAAAUUAGGUGAGGCUGCAGAGUGAUUUUUUUUUAUUUUAAAAAAGCUAGAGGGAAGUGCUUUUUAAGGAAAAAAACUUUGUGAUGAGAUCAGAAGUGACUUAUUUGGUUAAAAUUUUGUUUUCUUUUCCGGAAAGUGAAUGAUUAAGGAAAUGUUUGGUCAUCAAGCAAGCUGAUCUGCCCACGAAUUGGAUAACAAAGCUAGCGUUUUUUUCCCCUCCUCAAAGGUUAUGAAACAGGAUCUCUCACAACAGGUUUAGCCACAGGCAGACGAGUAACGUCAAUGACAAUGAAACAAUUUUGUGUCAUUUGUGUUGUUGUUAUGGUUUGUGUCGAGCUUUCAUGAAAUAGCCCACAGACUCAAACCUGUUACAGUUAAACCUCUGCGUCCAUUAAGUGGCCACCCUCAGGGACCGGCAAGUGGCUGCUCCAUGGAGGUUGGCCACUCAAUUGAGGUUUGUCAUAAACCGGGUCAUGAAUUAGCGUUAUCUUUAGCAGAAACAUCACUAAAUUUUAAAGCAAACAUGCGCUCGAUGGGGCCAGCAUUACUGGUUCACAAUCAGUCGUCAUUUUUUAUUGUCGACUAUUUUCCUUCACCAUAUUCUUAAAGUAAAACCAACAAUAGUCUGUCAAUUGCUUGAUGGCCACUUAAUAGAGGUGACAACAAUGGGAAAACUCUUAUUGGGACAGCAAAAAGGGGGCCCGCUGUCGUUUAAUAGAGUUGGCCUCUUAAUAGAAGUUUAAUUUCCCAUUCUUUUCAACAAUAAUUUCAGGACUUUGAUAACUGGCCACUAAAUGGAGGGUGGCUGGUUAAUGGAGGUUGAACUUUGUUAUGUUUGAAGAGGUAGUAUGGUCUCUGAGUGCAUACCCUUGUGGAAACCUGGAUGAGGAUCCAUUUAUACCCUAUCAACUACAACAAAAAGAGAGACUCCCAAAGAUGCUGAGACCUAGUACCCCCUGUUUUAAUAGGCACUGUGAUUAUCUUUUGAAAACACUGGAAACCACCCUGGACUCUACACCUGUUGGGAAUCCCUGUUCCUGUUAUAAUAUACAUAAACUGAUCAACCAUAAAGAGAAUCCGACGGAACUGUCUUAAAGGAAAGGGGAGUCAAUCUGCUCAUGUACCGAGGAAUUUGUGUCCCAGCUGGGCUUUUUUUCCUUAAAUUAGUUUUACCUUACCAUUUUUAAAGAGUUACUUCAAUGAUUAAUUUUUCUUGUUUAACUUUUUUCCUGCAAAACAGGCUUUUAAGAUCAGCCAAAUAUUAUCUAGAAAAAGACAGAAAGGAUAAAUUCAAGGCCCAUGGUAUCGACAAUACGUGUGCUUCACUAGAGAACACUUCUCCUGGACUACGAUUUUCCAAGGAUGCAGUGAAAGUUGAAAAAAAGUAAGGUGGUAUUGACUUUAGGGCUGUCUGUAUAUUGAUAUUGAGAAGGACUUUUGCCUUAAAGUUUUUAAAGUUACCUUGAGCUUGUUGGUUUGGAUUAGAAAGCUACUGAGUCAGUAAUUUAAUUACUGUUUCAGGGCUCGAAGUAAUUUUUGAACGGGAGGCCAGACACAAGACUGGCUGAAGAAAUGUUUGCUUGUCAAAGUUUCAUUUCUGACCAGUCAAAAUAUAUUGGGAAAAAAGUUAACUAAUCCUUGUGAAAUUUUCUAUCCGUAUUUUUACAAAGAGACAAAAGCUUAGAUAUUUUACAGGUGAGGACUCAGGUUUGAUUCUAUUUGUUCAAGAAUGAGAGUGUGCAUUGCUGGUCAACAUGACUGGCGAGUGAAAUUUUUGGCCAGACAUUAGUUACCAUUCUUUCUCGACAUAGUCUGUUCAUAGGCUGUUAUUUUGAGCUCGGUAGUGAUGUAAUAAAAUAUAGCAGCACCGAAAUCCUGGGGAGGUGAGAAUGGGGCUUCAGAGUUCUGAACUUGAGGUUCAGGGACAGUGUUUCAAACCUUUAGUUCAUGUAACACCCUGCCCAAAUAUUGAUUAAGAAGGCCUCACCCCCUGGGGUUGAAAUAAGCAGCGGAUGUGAAUUUAAGAAGUUAAUUACCCUUAGCUUAUCAUAAUAUGGAUGUUGUGUCUUUAGAAAUUUAUACACUGUUAAAGCACUGAUGAUCACAAGAGUGUUAAUUUCACAGCUAAUAGUAUAUAUUUUUAAUAUUUUGUCUUAUUGUCUUGCUGGCAUAAUGGCGUUAAUGACUUAAGUUGUCAAAGUGAAAGUGAUUGAUAAACUAAGAUUUCUUGAAAGUCCUGACAGGUUUGUUGUGUCAUUUUCAGUUCCGUAGCACCAGAUGAAUGGGAAAAUUUUUCAAACAAGAACAUUCUUAAGGCAGAGUGUGAGAAGAACUCAGCCAUCAAUCUACGCAGUAUAAUAGAUGGUAUACUGAUGCAGACAUUGAGUGAUCUUCAGGCCCAGUGUGAAGCUGUCAAUCUUGCUUUCCAGAAGCGCAUUGAAGAAACUAGUGAGGCGAAGACAAAAUUAGAGGAACAUUUAGAAAAGGUAGGUCUUGGGUAUCAUUUUCUUUUAAGGUGCUUUUGGCUCUAGGAAGAGAUCAAAUUACUGGGUCUUCAGAUUAACAUUCUGCUUCUUUUCUACAUUUUUUUGUGGUACGUUCUGCCAUUCCACCUCCUUUUAACAUUAAAGACUGCACAUGCUUGCCACACGCAAGUUCUUUUCCAAACAAAAAAUCUUCAAAACAGGGGUGGAUCCAAAACUUCAGAAAGGGNGAGAAGAACUCAGCCAUCAAUCUACGCAGUAUAAUAGAUGGUAUACUGAUGCAGACAUUGAGUGAUCUUCAGGCCCAGUGUGAAGCUGUCAAUCUUGCUUUCCAGAAGCGCAUUGAAGAAACUAGUGAGGCGAAGACAAAAUUAGAGGAACAUUUAGAAAAGGUAGGUCUUGGGUAUCAUUUUCUUUUAAGGUGCUUUUGGCUCUAGGAAGAGAUCAAAUUACUGGGUCUUCAGAUUAACAUUCUGCUUCUUUUCUACAUUUUUUUGUGGUACGUUCUGCCAUUCCACCUCCUUUUAACAUUAAAGACUGCACAUGCUUGCCACACGCAAGUUCUUUUCCAAACAAAAAAUCUUCAAAACAGGGGUGGAUCCAAAACUUCAGAAAGGGGUGGCCAGGACACUUGCCGGGUAUAUAGGUACUUUUUAUUUUACAAAAUAACUCAAAAUUUUACAGGAAAAGGGGUGGCUGCAGUCCGCUCGGCCAAACCCUAAAUCUGUCCAUGCAAACUACAUCAUACCAUUAAAAUUCUCAAAUAAUACUUUCUAAGAUUUUUAAAACUUUUUCCCUCCUUUUACCAAACCUUAGAUGGAUGACUUAAAAAGAAGACUCAGGUUUCCUUGUGUCUUCAAAAAGGAGAUUGCAACAGCACUAGAUUAUUAUUGUUUGUUCUGGCUUCUCUGUCAAGUGUUGAAAAUAUAGACAGGAAAAAGCUCCUGGUGGUUUCUUUGUGUAUAGUGAAUGAUGUGAUCAGAGUUAAUUAAAACAUUUCUGAAAAGUAUAAUGAACAAUAUCCAUACUGCAAUACAAUAGCUAAGCAACAAUAUUAUUUUUUUAUUACAGUAAGAAAAACCCAUAGCUUCAGACAGUGUUCAUUAAAAAAUGAUGUGAAGAUCACAUGCAAAAUAAUCGGCCGUUUGAAGCAAAAUAAAAAUCAGCUUAGGCAUUUUGGUCCUCAUUCCUUGAAAUUACAUCGGGUUGCUGUAGUAGCAAAAUUAGUGAGUUUACGCAACAGGACGGUAGGAAGAAGAGGACUGCAAAAUGCUCGCUUGUGACAAACGUGACAGGGUUAUUACUUACGUGUUUUGUCGUUAACUUUACUUAACAUUUUAUGUUUUCUGGUCUUUUACAACAAGAUCAGUUUAAAGGAAAGCGAAGUUUGGCAAAAAGAUAUUUCAAAACAAAAUUAUUGUCACGCUUGUCACACAAGGUUUGCCGUCUUCUUACCUCUCCCGUCCUGUUGCGUAAGUUCACUAUUUCUGGAUCUCAACAACCCAGUCCUACAAAUAUGGUAAGAAAAAAACAAAAAGAAUGACGUGUGCAACUUUCCUUUGCAUUAUUGCACUCUGGAACAAAAUAGUAGCUCAUACUUUUCUUUCAUCAUUCAACAAUGCUAAUGGCCUCUGUCAAGAAAUAUUUUUGACAUGCAUUGGCAAAUUUUGCUACCAUGGUAAUGUGAUGUCACACUUCUCCCCUCUAUUGUGCUAUACAAUGUAAGUGCUAUGAAAUUCAGCUUGCAGUCACUUAGCAAAUUUUUUCAUUGAAUGACCAGGUCAUGGAGGAAAUUGCUGCCAUGGAGCAGAACAUCGCAAUGCUUAAGAAAGCCAUAGCUAAUAAAGAGGCCCCCAUGAAAGUCUCACAGACACGCCUGGACAACAGAACCUUUAGACCUAAUGUGGAGCUGUGCAGAGAAAAAUCGGAGUUGGAUCAAAAGCAGGAGGAAACAGAAGAUGAAAUCUCGACUAUGCUUCGGUUUAAGGCAAGACUAGAGCGAGCUUUAGCCGACACAGAAUUGCCGCUAAUGAUCGCCCAACAAUGUCUUGCCAACCGGGAAAGGAGAAUGAAGGUGGAUCUUGUCCACGACAAUGUAGAAAUGCAGCUCUUAAAGGUACUAGCGCUUGUCUUUUUGUUCUGCUAAUAGUCUCCGUUUCUUCACUGAAACUACUGGAUAUUUUUAAUCAAGAAUUUCCCAAUAAUUUCUUUUCACUUCACCAUUUUACAUAGGAAGUAGAAGUCAUUGAAGGCGUCCAAGCUUUAUUGCAGAGGACUCUCGAACAAGCCACAGAGCAAAUUAGGUGAGCUUUCAGAGUGAUUUUUUGAAUUUUAAAAAAGCUGGAGGGAAGUGCUUUUUAAGAAAAAAAACUUUGUGAUGAGAUCAGAAGUAAUUUAUUUGGUUAAAUAUUUGUUUUCUUUGCUAGAAAGUGAAUGAUUAAGGAAAUGUUUGGUUACCAAGCAAGCUAAUCUGCUCAUAGAUUGGAUAAUAAAGCUAGCGUUUUUUUCCCUCCUCAAACGUUUAUGAAACAGGAUCUCCCACAACAGGUUUAGCCACAGGCAAACACAAACAGUAGCAACAACAACAGUGAUACAAUAAUAAUAAUAAUAAUAGAAUAAAUAUUUUUAUCCUGUUUUAUUUGUGUUAUUGUUAUGGUUUGCGUCGAGCUUUCAUGAAAUAGCCCACAGACUCAAACCUGUUAUAGUUGAACCUUUCGCAUCCAUUAAGUGGCCACCCUCAGGGUACCGGCAAGUGGCUGUUUCAUGGAGGUUGGCCACUCACUUGAGGUUCGUCUUAAACCAGGUCAUGAAUUGGGCAAUUCCAGAAAAUAUCCAUACCCAACCACGGACGGCUUCCAUGUCUUAUCCCCCCCUUGCCUUUGGAAAUUCCAAAAUGUGUUACCCCCCCAUGCCCUCAGAAUUCCAUAAUCGUGAACCCCCCCCUCCCCUUCAGAAUUUCCGGUUUUUUGGAAGUACAUUUUCGACUUAGCAACGCCUAUAUGAACAAACGAACAUGAAUUUAUGCCUCCUCAAGGCUGUGAUCUAGCAGCGCCAGGCGACAAGCUUUACUCUAACCUCCAGCCAGGCGCUGUGCAAACUCCUUUUUAGGUCCGAAUUUGGCAAUAAAAAUAAACACCACUAACGGCAAUUUUACUCCUCUUUGUUUUCUUGUGCUGUUUUGACGUUUACAAAGCAAAAUAGCUCAAAUUCAGACUGUUAAAAUCUUAUUACUGUUCACUUCUAUAAGUUAUGAGCGUAAACACGUGUCUGAUCUAUCGAUGCUUGUCUUCUGCUUCCGCGGUCAUACGUUCGUGGUUUAUUUACGAACUACAAAAGUCCACAACAAUAGCGUUUUCAAAGAACUCACUCUACACUUUCUACUCCAGAAAUCCCACCUGUGAAAUUCCCCCAUGCCUUCGGAUUUGCAAUCGUAAAUACCCCCCAUGCCCUCAGAAUUCCAUCAUUGUGAACCCCCCCUCCCCUUCGGAAAUCCUAAAAGCCGUCCGUGGUAUGGUAUGGAUAUUUUCUGGAAUCGCCCAUUAGCAUUAUCUUUAAAGCAAACAUGUACGUGAUGGGGCCAGCAUUACUGGUGCACAAUAAUUGGUCGUCAUCUUUUAUCGUGGACAGUAUAAUAUUUUCCUUCAUCAUGUUCUUAAAGUAAAGCCAACCAUAGUCUGUCAAGUGCUUGAUGGCCACUUAAUAGAGGUUACAACAAUUGGAAUACUCUCAUUGGAACAGCAAAAAGGUUGCUGUGGUUGUUUAAUAGAGGCAGUGGCUUAAUAGAAGUUUAAUUUCUCAUUCUUUUGUACUAUAAUUUAAGGUUUUUGAUUACUGGCCACGAAAUGGAGGGUAGCUGCUUAAUGGCGGUUCAACUUUAUUAUGUUAGGGGAGGUUGUAUAGUCUCCAACUAGUCUGUGAAAACCUGGAUGAAGAUCCAUUUAUACCUUAAUAACAGUUACUACAACAAAAAUAGAGACAUUCAAAGAUGCUGAGACCUAGUACCCUCUGUUGUAAUAGGAACUGUGAUUAUCUUUUGAAAACAGUGGAAACCACUAUGGACUCUACACCUGUUGGGAAUCCCUGUUCCUGUUAUAAUAUACAUAAACUGAUCAACCAUAAAGAGAAUCUGGCAGAACUGUCUUAAAGGAAAGUGGAGUCAAUGUGCUCAUGUGUGGAGGAAUUUGUGUCUCAGGGCUUUUUUUCCUUAAAGUACUUUACCUUAUGAUUUUUAAAGAGUUACUUUAAUGAUUAAUUUUUCUUGUUUAACUUUUAUCCUGCAAAACAGGCUUUUAAGAUCAGCCAAAUAUUACCUAGAAAAAGACAGAAAGGAUAAAUUCAAGGCCCAUGGUAUCGACAAUACAUGUGCUUCACUAGAGAACACUUCUCCUGGACUAGGAUUUUCCAAGGAUGCAGUGAAAGUUGAAAAAAAGUAAGCCGGUAUUGACUUUAGGGCUGUCUGUAUAUUGAUAUUGAGAAGGACUUCUGCCUUAAAGUUUUCAAAGUUUUAAAGUUACCUUGAGCUUAUUAGUUUGGAUUUAAUAGAAAGCUACUGAGUCGGGAAUUUCAAAUUAUUUCGAGCCCUAACGUUACAGUGCUUGAAAUAAUUUUUGAUUGGGAGGCCAUACACAAGACUGGCUGAAGAAAUGUUUGCUCAUUAAAGUUUCAUUUCUGACCAGUCAAAAUGUAUUGGGAAAAAAGCUAAAUCCUUGUGAAAUUUUUUAUUUGUAUUUUUACAAAGAGACAAAAUCUUAGAUUUACAGGUGAGGGUUGGUUUGAUUCUGUUUGUUCAAGAAUGAGAGUGUGCAUUGCUGGUCAACUUGACUGGCACGUGAAAUUUUUGGCCGGACAAGUUACCAUUCUGGCUAGACAUAUUCUGUUUAUAGGCCAUUAUUUUGAGCCCAGUAGUGAUGUCACAAAAAAAUACAGCAGCAACAAAAGCCUGGGGAGGUGAGAAUGGGGCUUUCCCUUUUUGGUUUUGCAUGAUCACUCUCCAUGAAGAGCAUUUGUUAGGGCAAGCGAAACAAGGUCUUAAUUUCCAAAAAGGAAAAACUGGAGCAUGUGUUUUGUCUGGACAGUGUCCUAAAGAGAGUUCUGAACUAGAUGUUCAGGGAUGGGGUUUCAAACCUUUAGUUCAUGUAACACCCUGCCCAAAUGAGGAUCAAGAAGGCCUCACCCCCUGGGGUUGAAAUAAGCUGUGGAUGUGAAUUUCAGAAGUUGCACCCUAAGCUUAUCAUAAUAUGGAUGUUGUGUCUUUUAGAAAUUUAUACACUGUUAAAGCACUGAUAAUCACAAGAGUGUUAAUUUCACAGCAAAGAGUAUAUAUUUUUACUAUUUUGUCUUAUUGUCUUGCAUGCAUAAUGGUGUUAAUGACUUAAGCUGUCAAAGUGAAAGUGAUUGAUAAACUAAGAUUUUUGAAAGUCCUGACAGGUUUGUUGUGUCAUUUACAGUUCUGUAACGCCGGAUGAAUGGGAAGAUUUUUCAAACAAGAACAUUCUUAAGGCAGAGCGUGAGAAGAACUCAGCCAUCAAUCUACGCAGUAUAAUAGAUGGUAUACUGAUGCAGACAUUGAGUGAUCUUCAGGCCCAGUGUGAAGCUGUCAAUCUUGCUUUCCAGAAGCGCAUUGAAGAAACUAGUGAGGCAAAGACAAAAUUAGAGGAACAUUUAGAAAAGGNGCUAGACAUAUUCUGUUUAUAGGCCAUUAUUUUGAGCCCAGUAGUGAUGUCACAAAAAAAUACAGCAGCAACAAAAGCCUGGGGAGGUGAGAAUGGGGCUUUCCCUUUUUGGUUUUGCAUGAUCACUCUCCAUGAAGAGCAUUUGUUAGGGCAAGCGAAACAAGGUCUUAAUUUCCAAAAAGGAAAAACUGGAGCAUGUGUUUUGUCUGGACAGUGUCCUAAAGAGAGUUCUGAACUAGAUGUUCAGGGAUGGGGUUUCAAACCUUUAGUUCAUGUAACACCCUGCCCAAAUGAGGAUCAAGAAGGCCUCACCCCCUGGGGUUGAAAUAAGCUGUGGAUGUGAAUUUCAGAAGUUGCACCCUAAGCUUAUCAUAAUAUGGAUGUUGUGUCUUUUAGAAAUUUAUACACUGUUAAAGCACUGAUAAUCACAAGAGUGUUAAUUUCACAGCAAAGAGUAUAUAUUUUUACUAUUUUGUCUUAUUGUCUUGCAUGCAUAAUGGUGUUAAUGACUUAAGCUGUCAAAGUGAAAGUGAUUGAUAAACUAAGAUUUUUGAAAGUCCUGACAGGUUUGUUGUGUCAUUUACAGUUCUGUAACGCCGGAUGAAUGGGAAGAUUUUUCAAACAAGAACAUUCUUAAGGCAGAGCGUGAGAAGAACUCAGCCAUCAAUCUACGCAGUAUAAUAGAUGGUAUACUGAUGCAGACAUUGAGUGAUCUUCAGGCCCAGUGUGAAGCUGUCAAUCUUGCUUUCCAGAAGCGCAUUGAAGAAACUAGUGAGGCAAAGACAAAAUUAGAGGAACAUUUAGAAAAGGUGGGUCUUGGGUAUCAUUUUCUUUUAAGGUGCUUUUGGCUCUAGGAAGAGAUCAAAAUACUGGGUCUUCAGAUUAACAUUCUGCCCCUUUUCUACAUUAUUUUGUGGGUACCAGUACAUUCUGCCAUUCCUGGCACCUCCUUUUAACAUUAAACACUGCACAUGCUUGCCACACGCAAGUUCUUUUCCAAACAAAAAAUCUUCAAAACAGGGGUGGAUCCAAAAAUUCAGAAAGGGGUGGCCAGGACACUUGCCGUGUAUAUAGGUACUUUUUAUUUUACAAAAUAACACAAAAUUUUACAGGAAAAGGGGUGGCUGCAGUCUGCUCAGCCAAACCCUAAAUAUGUCCAUGCAAACUACAUCAUACAAUUAAAAUUCUCAAAUAAUACUUUCUAAAAUUUUAAAACUUUUUCCCUCCUUUUACCAAACCUUAGAUGGAUGACUUAAAAAGAAGACUCCAGUUUCUUUGCGUCUUCCAAAAGGAGAUUGCAGCAACACUAGAUUAUUAUUGUUUGUUCUGGCUUCUCUGUCAAAUGUUGAAAAUAUAGACAGGAAAAAGCUCCUGGUGGUUUCUUUGUGUAUAGUGAAUGAUGUGAUCAGAGUUAAUUAAAACAUUUCUGAAAAGUAUAAUGAACAAUAUCCAUACUGCAAUACAGUAGCUAAGCAACAAUAUUAUUUCUAUUACAGUAAGAAAAACCCAUAGCUUCAGACAGUGUUCAUUAAAUGAUGUGAAGAUCACAUACAAAAAUAAUCGGCCGUUUGAAGCAAAAUAAAAAUCAGCAUAGGCAUUUUGGUCCUCAUUCCUUGAAAUUACAUCACUUUGCUGUGGUAGCAAAAUUUCUGGAUCAGAACAACCCAGUCCUACAGAUAUGGUAAGAAAAAAAUGAAAAGAAUGACGUGUAUGACUUUCCUGUGCAUUAUUGCACUCUGGAACAAAACAGUAGCUCAUACUUUUUUACCAUCAUUCAACAAUGCUAAUGGCCUCUGUCCAGAAAUAUUUUUGACAUGCAUACACAAAAUUUGCUACCAUGGUGAUGUGAUGUCACACUUCUCCCCUCUAUUGUGCUAUACAGUGUAAGUGCUAUGAAAUUCAGUUUGCAGUCGCUAAGCAAUUUUUUUCGUUAAAUAACCAGGUCAUGGAAGAAAUUGCUGCCAUGGAGCAGAACAUCGCAAUGCUUAAGAAAGCCAUAGCUAAUAAAGAGGCCCCCAUGAAAGUCUCACAGACACGCCUGGACAACAGAACCUUUAGACCUAAUGUGGAGCUGUGCAGAGAUCGUGUGCAGUAUCGCCUGAUAGAAGAAGUCUUUGAAAUCUCAACCAACAUUGAAAGGUUACAGGAGAAGCUUGCUGAUGCUGAGGCAUCACUCAAGGGACUUAUCAGAAAGCAGCUUUCAUUGGAGGAAGACAUCGAAAUGAAAGCCAAUAGUUUGUUUAUUGACCAAGAUCAGUGCAUGGAACUCCGCAAACAGAUUAAUCAUGUUCCACAUUAAUGAAGUAAUUCAGAAGAAUAUCAGUUUACUGGAGUCUUUAAGUCUAAGUUGGGUCUCAGAAUUUUGUAAUGAUUUAAUUUGCAAGUAAAACUGUUUGAGCUGGGUUUUUAAUCUGUUCUUUUAUCAUCCUUGUGUUGAUUGCUUUUGCUUUGAAAACAUUUUGGAAACUUUUUUUGUUUUGAACCUGAUUAUGUAUAGCCACUCUAAUGCCAAAAUAAUUUUAAUCUUUUGAAGGUUAUUAGCUUAAUCUUUAGGAAGAACAAAAAAUGUCGGGUAAAAAGCUCUGUAGUAAUAUUCCUAAGACAAUAUUAUUUACAAUUAUUACUGUAUUCUGUAAAUAAUGUACCAUAUAAAAUAAAAUCCUCUCAAUAAACAUUACAAGCUUAUUGU